UUCAACGCAUAUUGCAGAUAAUUUGGAUAUUUCGCAUCCUUUCAAACUUCUGUUUCGAAAUGCGGAUAAUACUUGCUUUGAUUUGGGUGACCCUCACCACAGCGUCGACCAUACAUUAUACACCCAACGAGAUAUUGCUUGCCAAAUUAGAGAGUGCAACGCUAGACAAAAAGGACACCGCACCGGCUAACACACAAUAUCACGAGCAGGAUUCAAAUGGUUUUUACUCUUAUGGCUACAGUGCUGAUCAAUCUGCUAAGGCUGAGUAUCUCUCGCUGGACGGUUCAUCGCGCGGAUUUUAUUCGUAUGUUGAUGCAGAUGGAAAGUUGCAGACAGUGAAGUAUGAGGCCGGGCGGAAUCAAGGUUUUAAGGCUGCCGCUACCAACUUACCCAAAGCACCUAAGAAUCCCAAUAGGUUUGCACCGUUACCGGURAGAGAUACGCCUGAAGUACAGGAAGCCAAGAAGGCGCACUUCGAAGCGUACCGUGAGGCGGAAUUGAGAGCGGCAUUAGCGUCACAAAAUGAAGCUGUACAACUAGGCGAACUUAGCUUGGACGGGCAACAAAASUCUGAACGGCCGCAACAAGAGGUGGCGAAUAUAUUAGAAAGUACCAGAAGUAAAAUAUUAGCAAUAUUAWCGGAAACUGCGAAUGCCGAUAAUAAUAAUUUGAAUGUUGAGGCGACAGCUGAAAUUGGUGUUGGUGGUACAGCUCAGGAKCAAGAGGAAGAUACCGAAAAUACAGAUGGUGAUGAUGAUAAUGGACUAAUAACCUUGGACAACGUACAAAGCACACAAGAUGAUAGUGAAGGUAGUGAGGACGAAAGAAACGGCAGUAAUGGCGACAAUAUUGCUAUUGAAAAUGGUGACGGCGAAUUGUCGAACGCAGAUCGACAAAUGACGACUUAUAAACUCAGCGAUUUGUUAAGUCCAAUCGAACAACUUAACUCGCGCGCAUUGUACACAUACGAGGGCGAUGGUCAAGGACAUUUACAAGAUAAAUCGGAYUUAGCUUUACGACAGCCAAAGUUGACGACCAUCGAAACUGUGCGCGURCCAGUGCACUCKUACUAUACAGUUUUGGCGCCCACYACCAARUACACAGUGAUAACGCCCACAACACAUCAAUUGGUUCCGCGAGAGGAGGCACUGAAACGAGGUGAAAGUCUGCCGAUUUCCCUGAGCAGUUCCUUCCAGUCACACCGUCUUAGAUCGAAGURRGCUCACGGUAAGACACGCACACUUACAAAAGAUUUAUCAGCGAGGACGUAAGGACCAACUUUUGAAUMACUAUUUGACUAGAGUUAACAUUUCCAUAUAUUCGUAGCACGAGUUUCUUGUUACAUUCGAAUGUUGCAUUACAUGUAUUCCUAUCAUAUUUCACAUUUAAUAUUAUUAUUUUUAAUUGUUUAUACUGCAUGUACAUAAAAAGAUUAGCUUCAUUGU